CGGCGCGGCAUUGCUCUUUUCAUCUCCCCGCGCUUGGUUACCCUAGGCAACGGCACCUUUCCUCCUCCACCUCCUCCUUCCCUCUCCCCACCCCCAGUCCGACAUAGACCCCGCUCCCCAGCACCAGCACCAUGUCCUGGGACCCGGUGAGCACCCUCUGCGAGCAGCUGGUGAAGGCGGUCACAGUGAUGAUGGACCCGGCCUCGACUCAGCGAUACCGUCUGGAGGCCCUCAAGUUCUGUGAAGAGUUUAAAGAAAAGAGUCCAGUAUGUGUUCCGUGUGGACUGAAGUUAGCCGAGAAAACCCAGACUGCUAUUGUCAGGCAUUUUGGCCUUCAGAUCCUGGAGCAUGUGGUGAAGUUCCGAUGGAACACUAUGGGUCGGCUUGAGAAAGUCUAUCUGAAGAACAAUGUCAUGGGUCUCAUAUCCAGUGGUACCCAGAAUAUUUUAGAGGAAGAAAGUCACAUUAAGGAUGUUCUUUCUCGCAUUGUAGUAGAAAUGAUCAAGCGUGAAUGGCCCCAGCACUGGCCUGAUAUGUUAAAGGAGCUGGACACACUCUCUAAACAAGGGGAGACACAGACAGAGUUGGUGAUGUUUAUCCUUCUACGUCUGGCAGAAGAUGUAGUGACUUUCCAGACACUGCCAGCCCAACGACGACGGGAUAUUCAACAAACGCUCUCACAGAACAUGGAGAAGAUUUUUAGCUUCCUACUCAACACUCUGCAGCAGAAUGUUAACAAAUACAGACGCAUGAAAAUGGAUGUAGCUCAAGAAUCAAAAGCACAAGCAAAUUGUCGAGUAGGAAUAGCAGCGCUUAAUACUCUGGCUGGCUACAUUGACUGGGUAGCUAUGAGUCACAUCACAGCAGAUAACUGCAAGCUCCUAGAGAUGCUUUGCCUGCUCUUGAAUGAACCAGAACUUCAAGUGGGAGCUGCAGAGUGCCUCCUGAUUGUAGUCAGCAGGAAAGGGAAACUGGAGGACCGCAAGCCAUUGAUGGUUUUGUUUGGGGACGUUGCUAUGCACUACAUUCUCUCUGCUGCCCAGACUGCAGACGGUGAAGGCCUAGUAGAGAAGCACUAUGUUUUCUUGAAGAGACUUUGCCAAGUCUUGUGUUCUUUGGGCAGCCAACUGUGUGCAUUGGUGGGCUCUGAUUCAGAUGUGGAAACACCAGUCAACUUAGGAAAAUACCUUGAGUCAUUUCUAGCCUUCACAACCCACCCUAGUCAGUUCCUUCGGUCUUCCACCCAGAUCACAUGGGGAGCUCUUUUUCGACAUGAAAUCCUGUCCCGUGAUCCUCUGUUGUUGGCUAUUAUCCCAAAUUAUUUGAGGGCAUCUAUGACUAAUCUAGUUAAGGUUGGUUUUCCUUCCAAGACAGACAGUCCCAGUUGUGAAUAUUCUCGCUUUGAUUUUGACAGUGAUGAAGACUUUAAUUGCUUCUUCAACUCUUUCCGUGCACAACAAGGAGAGGUGAUAAGAAUGGCAUGUCGGCUGGAUCCCCGGACUGGCUUCCAAAUGGCUGGGGAAUGGUUGAAAUACCAGCUAUCCAUUCCUGUUGAUAUUGGAACCUUGAAUUCUAAAACAAAUGAAAGCCACUGCUCCAUCUUUUCUCCUGCCUUUGUUCAGUGGGAUGCGAUGACCUUUUUCUUGGAAAGCGUCAUUAGCCCAAUGUUCCGCACUCUGGAUAAGGAAGAGAUCCCUGUGUCUGAUGGCAUAGAAUUGCUGCAGCUUGUCCUCAGCUUUGAAACAAAGGAUCCCCUCAUCUUGUCCUGUGUCCUUUCUAAUGUCUCCGCGCUCUUUCCAUUUGUCACAUACAGGCCAGAAUAUCUGCCAGAAGUUCUUUCAAAGCUCUUUGCCUCUGUUACCUUUGAAGUUGUAGAGGAAAGUAAGGCCCCAAGAACUCGUGCAGUGAAGAAUGUGAGAAGACAUGCUUGCUCUUCAAUCAUUAAGAUGUGCCGAGAUUACCCCCAGCUUGUCCUGCCAAACUUUGAAAUGCUGUAUAACCAUGUGAAACAACUGCUGUCUAAUGAGCUGCUCCUGACCCAGAUGGAGAAGUGUGCACUCAUGGAAGCCUUAGUCCUUAUUAGCAACCAAUUCAAGGAUUACCAGCGCCAGAAGGCUUUCUUGGAAGAGCUCAUGUCUCCUGUUGCUACUCUGUGGCUGUCUGAGGAUAUGAAGAGAGUCUUGAUGAAUCCAGAAGACUUUAUCCGCUAUGUUGGUGCCAAUAAUAGAAUUACAGAUCCAGUCAUGGAAGAUCCCUGUGGCCUGAACCGUUCUAGAAUAAGCUUUUGUGUGUACACUAUUCUGGGAGUUGUAAAACGAUCCCGUUGGCCCACUUCCUUGGAAGAUGCAAAGGCUGGAGGUUUUGUGGUUGGGUACAUGUCUAAUGGCAAUCCAAUCUACCGUAACCCCUGCUCUGUGCAGGUCCUGAAACUUUUCGACAACUUGCUUGCUCUCAUAAGGACUCACAACAACCUGUAUAUGCCAGAGAUGGUGGCUAAACUGGGGGACACCUUCGCAAAGGCCUUAGAUAUGCUGGAAGUGGAAAAGAAUGCCAUCCUAGGCCUCCCUCAGCCUCUGCUGGAACUUUAUGAUUCUCCUGUUUAUAAAACAGUGUUGGAAAGGAUGCAAGGCUUUUUCUGUACUUUGUAUGACAACUGUUUUCACAUUCUGGGAAGUGCUGGCUCAUCAAUGCAGCAAGAUUUCUACACAGUUGAGGGUCUAGCGACUGAACUACUCAACUCUGCUUUUAUCAAUCUUGACAAUAUUCCUGACUACAGACUACGUCCAAUGCUUCGUGUGUUCGUGAAACCCUUGGUCCUCUCCUGCCCACCGGAACACUAUGAAUCUCUUCUCUGUCCUAUACUCGGGCCACUUUUCACCUACUUACAUAUGAGGCUGUCUCAGAAGUGGCAGGUCAUCAACCAGCGAAGUUUGCUUUGUGAUGAGGACACAGCAGACGACAACCCAGAAUCCCAAGAGAUGUUGGAGGAACAGCUGGUUAGGCUGCUCACACGAGAAGUCAUGGAUCUAAUUGCAGUUUGCUGUGUCUCCAAGAAAGGUGCUGAGCAGAAUAGCGCUGUUGCUGCAGAUGGAGAUGAUGAUGAAAUGAUGUCCACAGAGGUGACUCCACCUUCUAGCUCUGAGCUCACUGAAUUGGGCAAAUGUUUGAUGAAGCAAGAGAAUGUGUGCACUGCUCUGCUGAUUACAGCCUUCACUUCCCUUUCCUGGAAGGAUACCCUGUCCUGCCAAAGAACCACCACACAUCUCUGCUGGCCACUCCUCAAACAGGUGCUCACAAGGAAUUUGAUGAUCCCCGAGGCAGUGACCUGGUUUUUCACAAGUGUACUGACAGGUCUACAGGUGCAUGGGCAACAUGAUGGCUGUAUGGCAGCUCUUGUUCACCUGGCUUUCCAGAUCUAUGAAGCUUUGCGUCCCCGCUAUGCUGAGCUGAAAGCAGUGAUGGAGCAGGUUCCAGAAAUUCAGCAAGAGUCCCUGGAGCAGUUUGAUUCCAAGCUACUGAACCUAACAUUGCAGAAGGUGGCAGAUAAGCGCCGCAAGGACCAUUUUAAGCGCCUGAUUGCAGGCUGCAUAGGGAAGCCCCUAGGAGAGCAAUUCAGGAAAGAAGUUCAUAUCCGAAAUCUUCCCUCUCUUUUCAAGAAAGUGAAAGGAACCCUAGAAACAGAUGUGUUGGAUAACAGUGAAGAUGGAGCCCUUGUCGCACUCUUUGAGCCAUAAGUGGGGGUCACUUCCACUACCCUGUUCUCCCUUUGUGUUCCUUCACAGUAGCCAUUUGUUUACUUUCUCUGCUCUUCCCUGAGCCUGGCUACAGCUCUCACUGGCCUCAUCCUCUCUCUACUUGGAAGAUGGAGUGUGAACUAAAAGUUCAGUCUGGCAUACUCAAUGUACCUUGCCUGAUUUUCCCAGUUCCAGUUGCAGCAUUAUUGCACAAUUGAGUUAUCUUGGGAAAGAGCCAAGCCAUUCAACCCAAACUAUCAUUGGGCAUGUUCUUUCAGAACUAGCCACCACACAUGCAUACAACGUUUUCCCAGUGAAGAGAGCAUGCUUCCAGCUCCCCAUUACAUCUGUCCCUCUUCUGUCAGGAUACUUGCGCUGUGGACUGCCUCAGUAUGACACUAACAGAGGACUACUUCUGCUUCCAUUUUGAAAGGGCCCAAAUUUCCUGAAGUAACACAGUCUUCACACUGAGUGUUGCUACAUCCUCCUGGUCUCCGCUGACAUUGAGAAAGUUGUGUUUCUCUUGAAAAGCAGCACUUAGCUAUGAAUCCCGCCAAACCAAGGAACAUUCAGGACCUGGUAAAAAGCUUAUUUUGUUGUCAGUUUCACUCAGCCAUGUCUCUGGAAGCCUAAAUUGAAAUACUGUCCUGGAAACAUUAUCAAAACACGUACUGUAGCUCUCAAGCUGGGCUUAGACAACAGAAGCCUGCAUUUUCUGGAUAAGAGCCCAGAGCUUCUUUCUGCUGGUCUGAAAUAACUAGGCUGAAAUGCGGAGUACAGCAACAGAGGUCUGACCAUUCUCUGUAGGACCUGAUGUUGAUACAAAAUGCCUCCAAAGCAGGCCUUACAGUAGUGUUGGGUUAGGGUGCAUAACAUAGGUUUCUUGACUUAACACUGCUAGAACUUAAAAUUGGAAUCUGACAAAAUCAGUCUUUCUGUGCUAACUAGAAGGUCUUAGCUUAACUGCUGUAGUAGUUUGACUGGAAAUGCAAAAGGAUGUUUAACUGAAGUGAGGCAUGUUUUUGUGGCUUUCCAGUGCACAGAUCUAGUGACAUGGAGGAAAGCAGAUCUUAACAUGGUAUUUGGAUCUCCACUAAUAGCCUGACUCCACUCUGACGUCUAUACUCUUUACCCUCUAGUCUUGAUCUCCAUGUAACUUCUAUUAAAACAAAAGUCCCCUGAAAAAUAGCUUUGGAAUCUAGCCUAAUUGUAUUUAUUGUGUCUUGAUUAUAUUUUUAACUUUCUGUGGCCAUGAUAGAAACAUUUAAAAUAAUUUUGAGGGGGUUUUUUUGUAGGGAUGUUGUAUCUGAAGAAGUCUUCAAAUCAAUUGUGAUACACUUCUGAAUGUCAGUAAAGGUCUUUCAGUUUUAUACAUA